CCUGGUAAACAGAGCGGCGCGGCGGCGGCGGGCCCAGGUCUCACAAAGGGGCGGUGGGCCGGGCCGAUGUGCGGCGGCGGAGCGGCGCAGACCCGGUGGCGGCGGCGCUGAGGCGGGCGCCCAUGGCGGAGGUGGGCGGCGCUACGGCGCCGCCGGACAUCGACCCCGACUUCGAGCCUCAGAGCCGGCCGCGCUCCUGCACCUGGCCCCUGCCGCGGCCUGAGCUGCCGGCAGCACCGGCGGAGGCGGGCGGCGCGGCGGGCGCGGCGGAGGAGGGCUCGGGCGGCGCGGCGGCGGGGCCCGGGCGGGCCGAGGGGGCGCGGGCGGGCGGCGCGGCGGCGCGGAAGGGCGGCUCCCGGCGCAAUGCCUGGGGCAACCAGUCCUACGCCGAGCUCAUCAGCCAGGCCAUCGAGAGCGCCCCUGAGAAGCGGCUCACGCUGGCGCAGAUCUACGAGUGGAUGGUCCGCUCCGUCCCCUACUUCAAGGACAAGGGUGACAGCAACAGCUCCGCCGGUUGGAAGAACUCUAUUAGACACAACCUGUCCCUGCACAGCAAGUUCAUUAAAGUCCAUAAUGAAGCCACAGGAAAGAGCUCUUGGUGGAUGCUCAAUCCUGAGGGUGGUAAAAGUGGAAAAGCACCAAGAAGAAGAGCUGCCUCCAUGGACAACAGCAGCAAACUCGCAAAAGUCAGAGGUAAAGCAUCCAAAAAGAAGCCUCCUCUCCAGUCUGCUCCAGAAUCCACUGCUGACAGUCCUGGCUCCCAGUUCCCUAAGUGGCCUGGGAGCCCGUCCUCAAGAAGCAAUGAGGACUCUGAUGUGUGGAACACCUUCCGGCCUCGAACCAGCUCCAAUGCAAGCACCAUCAGUGCAAGGCUGUCUCCUAUCCUGACAGAGCAGGAUGACCUCCAUGAUGAAGAGUUGCUUCCUUCUCUAGUGUACUCCAGUGCAUCCAGCAACGUUCCACCAACUGUGACUGAGGAGCUUGAGCUCAUUGAUGGGUUGAAUUUGAUGUCCCCCAGCUCAUCUGUGUUAUCUACCCAGCAAUCUGCCUCGAGUGGUCAGAUCCAGAGAGAUUCCAGCUUUUCCUUGCGGAGCCCAAAUGCAGCUGGUCACACUGCUACUUUUGGCAAUUCCUUGUUUAACCCUGUUGAUAUCUCACUGCAAAGUUCUGUCAGCCAUUUCUCUGGCCCUUCGACCUUGGAAGCCCUUCUGACACCCAACUCUCCACCUCCAAGGGAUGUUAUGAUGACUCAGGUGGAUCCAGUUCUUCCGCAGACUGGUAACAGGAUGAGCAGCCAAACUCUUCUUCUUCUAGGUGGACAAGCCACCCAGAGUAAGAUGAGCUCAGGCAAUACACGAGGAAAGCCUGCAGAGCAGCAGGCAGAGUCAGUUGGUGCCAGUGUUUUGCCAUCAACGCUUCCCAUAGUAACAUCUCCUCAAAACACUGCCAGCAUCACCAGUUUGAAGGCUCCAGUUUCUUCAACAGCUGCCCAACAGAUGCUGGGCAGUCCACUGCUUCUUUCUUCUGCUAGCCCUGCUCCCUUGGGAUUGAACCAGGACAGGCUACCCAUCGACCUGGACGUUGAUAUGUACAUGGAGAACCUUGAAUGUGAUAUGGAUUACAUAAUCAACAGUGAACUCAUGGAUGGAGAAGGACUGGACUUUAAUUUUGAACCCAUUCUCUCUACGCCCAGCUAUCCCAGCACCUCACAGGCCUCCAGCCACACCUGGGUACCAAGUUAACUUCAGGAGUACAAAAAGUGUCCUUCAGGUUUUGAACAUUGGGUUCUGACUUCACUUCCCACCCCUGGCAGAGAAAAGAAUGGAGCAUGUUGGAUUCGGAUUCCCUGCACACCAUGCCUUGGGCAGAAUGUGCUGCCCACCUGGGAAGAAGAGGCAACCUGCAUCUGGCUGCAUCAGGAAGAGUUUAAAAAUAGUACCUGGCUGCAACAGGAAGAGUUUUAAAAUAAUAAUCCUGUUAUGUGCCAUGGCUCUUCCUACAAACCUGACCCUGCCUUGGAUCAUCUGGAGAAACCCUGAGCUGUCCAUGUCCAAAGAGGAGCCCUGGUGAAAAACUCAGCCAGAAGACAACAGUGUUUUCCCACAUGAAGAGUUGGGUUUAUUGGAGGAAUGUCUCACUGGCUGUCCUCUCUCUGCUAUGGCAGAAAGUCUCCCAGUGCCUCAGACUGCCAGAGGGCUGGCUCUGCUCUCAGUUGGCUUGCCCUCUGGGGCAAAGUAGUUGGACAUUUUCAUUAAGCCACCAGAUGUGCUCUUGGUAUCCCCCAGACUCACAGAGGAACUGGAAGGAGCUUUUUGGCAGAAGCCCUGUGGGAAAAGGGAAUGCUGUUUCAGGGGUUGGUUUCAGUGUGCCCAUCUCCAGAGCACCCAUCAUCAUUCUGCAGGGAAGGGAGGUGGUCGUGGUGUAGAAGGCUUCCUCUUGUCUGCCUGAGUGGAGCAGGAGGACGUUGAGUUUUUCACUGUGCCAACUGAGCCCGCUGAAUCAGAAGCAUGUUUCAAGAAGUCCCUAUGCUGUUCUCAGCACUUUCCUGAUACACCAGGCUGCUGUAUAAUAAGCCCAGGUGCUAAUAGCUGUUUCUGGGACAUAAAAAACAUCAAUUUGGGUUUGUUACUGAUCUGUCUUGCUACAGCAGAGAAAUGGAAAACCUGGGUGUGGCCUUAACAGAGCCCUGGUUGCUUUUCAGAAGGGCAUUUUCUAUAGAUGGAAUAUUUUUUUACUAAUCCAGGAACUUUCUACAGUGAAUAUGAAGCCAAUGUUAAGUGUGUCCCCUUUAGGGUGUAUUAGACAUCUCUCCCUCUGAGAAGGUACCAGUGACAGACUUCUUCAGAGCUGUAUUAGGAACAAACACAUUUGAUGUUUGAUCAUGUAUAUGAUUGGGGGGGGAAAGAAUUGGCAAGUCCCCAUGGUUUCAAACCACCUUAGGGAAGAGUUGUACAUUAUUGUAAUCUAUAUGUAAAAGUAGCUGCAAAUUACAUAGAGGCUUUUCUAAACCUUUUUAAAUAUAUCUAUUAUAUAUUUUAAUUGAAAAUGAGAUUAUUGGAUAAAAAAAAACAAACACAACCCAAACCACAUUUGCUACAUCUGUCCCCUUGAUAGCAGAUAACACUACAGUAUGGGAGGGGACAGGCCUAAGGUGUUUUGGGCCAAGAAGCUGAAAAUGUCAUUGGAAAAGUGGGAAGGGCACCGCAGUGUAGCUGGGAAUGGCUGUUCUCCCAAGAACAGGCAGAAGGUGCCCGCGUGGCAUGGCAUCCAGCCACAGCUCCCCAGGCUCUCUCCUCAACUGGGCACUCCUGCCAAACCAAGAACAUGAUGUUAGGGAAUGCUAAUCAUUAACAGCCUGCUCAUUCUCAGCUAAUCCCUUAAAUAGCUGGACUGCAGCUGACACAUAGGACAGAUUCCCUAGUCUGCUAAGAAGAUGGUGUGGGCUGGAUUGGACUAGAUCUGCUGACACUCUGGGUAGACCCUGUGGUGGGCAUGAUUGGUUGUAUUUGGUUACUCACUUUGGGGUUUCAGAAGGUUUUCCUGGUGAAGUUGCUGCUGGGGAGCUUGAACCGUGUAGGGACACACUUGGGGAUGUGUCCAGGAUCCUGCCCUGUCUUUUUGUUCUUGCAGGACAGAAACCAGGAGUCAAGAAGUUAAUUCAGAACGUUAGCUGGCACGUUGCUGUCACGUUUUCAGUGUUUGCAAUGGCAGGAUCUGUGAGAGACAUGGUGCUUUCAUGGUGUUAUGGUAGGCUUGGCCUGGCAGAAAGCCUCUCCAAUCCUUUUUGAAGUUGGUGGUGGCUUCUGUUCAGAAGGUUUGCAUUGUGCAGUGCAAUGAGCCAUGCUCUUUUACCACCUUGUCUGCUCUGUUUUCAUGGGUUUAAUUUCAUUUUCAUUUGAGUGGAGAUUGGAACAGGAGUGGUUUGUCUGGUUACAUGCAACAAGGAGUCUUCAAUAGUCUUAUCUUCAGCAGGCUCUGCCAUCAGAGCCUCUGAAUAGUUUGCUGACCUUUUCUUGGAAGGCUGUCUUCUGACAGACCUCGUGGUGAUAUCUUUCAAAUCUGGCCACACCUUAUUGUAACAAACAAAGAAAAAGGUAGAUGCUAAGAUGGGAUUUCAGGUCAUGCAGAUUUGAGUCAUGGGUGGACAUCCCUAUUGCAGUUAGUUCAGUGCACAAAAAGAUAGAUUCUCUUUCCACAAACACCUGAGGGCAUAUGCUGCCCAGAAGAAUCAGCCCUGGUGGGAUUGUGCUAUUUGGCUCCUCAUGUCACUUUGUCAGCUUGGGCUCUGAGUGGAAAUGAAAAUCCCAUGACCUCCAGAGCAAGUUGACUGGCUGCCUGUGCUUCGCAGCCACGUAUGGAAGGACAAGACAUCAGUAUGUGUGUUGAUGGUAUACGUGAAUCUCUAGCUCAUUUCUCAUGAAGACAGAGCCCAAAGCCAUAGGAAGGAUGAUAUUAGUAACCAGUGCUUCAGGCCUCUAAAUCCAUGGUGAGCUGUUUCUGGCUGAGUUGGUCUGUGGGGAAGUGCUGUCUUCAGACUGUUCCAAGGUUUCCUCUAGGUGUGACAGCACCAGGGACCUGGCCUGAUCUCUGGCUGCAGAGAGCCUAGCCCUGAGCACUCCAGUAGUAGUCCAGGGAGAUCUAAUAUACUCUGGGCUACUCCAGGUCUUCAACCUGUUCCAGCUGAAGGAGCUGCAGCCCAGGUAGAUCAUGGUUGGUGCCCUUUUAUUGGUGUCCUUUUAUUAUGAAAUAGAAUACCUUUUUUUUUUUGUUUGUUUGGUUUUGCUGCAUACUCACAGGCCAGACUCCUGGAGAAUCACCUGUCCUAGGGACAGCACUAGAGAUAGGAGCACCUCAGGCAGGAAUCCUGCUGUACCAGUGUGCUGACAGGGAUGUCUCUGUCCUGCAGCAGUCCAUGCAGGUGCUCUCUGUUUCCUCAACACAAUGGGAGCUGCCAGUGGUUGAAGAAGCCUGAGAGCUCACCUGUGGUGUUCACAAGGUGCUCCAGGAGUGCUCAAUAAAUCAUGACAGCAAUGGUGCAGGCCCAGGCAGGCAACUUAGCUUCUCAUUUGUAGGUAUAGCAGGACAAUUUGAAUCAUGGGCACAGAGGGCAGACAUGCAGAGAAUUCAGGAGAAUUCUCCAGCCCCUUCUCAAGUAACUUCCUUUUCGUAAACUUUGAGCUUUUCUAGCCCGAGAUAUUUCCUCAUAGGACACAGGAGACUUUAAAAUUCCUAAUCUGCUGAAAGGCUGUACCUGGCAGGGGGUUGCUCAAUACUUGUCCAGGUUUUUUUUUUUCAUCUUGCACAAAAAGUGUUUGCCACUGACUGCUGCUGGAUUCAGGACAGUGUCUUGGUGGAUCUUUGUUCUGCAUUGGCACUGCAGGCCCCUUGUUGGAUAGUUUUGCUCUAAUGAAGGACUGGGCUGCAAUCUUGGGAGCUGAGUGGGGAGGGAAGGGGCCAGUGACACGGGGAGUGAUGCUCCUGGUUAAGUGCCUGAGGAGAGUGAGCAGGGGACUCUUGGCAUGAAGCCUUAUGUUGUGCUGUGUGUGUUUUCCUUGUCCUCACUGAGCUUGGGUAACAAGUUUCUUCAUCUCCAGAGGAUCAAAUGCCAUCUUUCACACUGUGAAGCCACCAUGCAGCUCUGGGCUGCAAAGGUUUUGGCUAACUAGGCCUGUGGAGCCUAGCAGGAGGCAGACUUGUUGCUUUUAUUUACACCUGGGUUUAGCAAUUGCUUGAGCCUUCUUUAUAACUUAAGCAUCUUUUACUAUACUUCCUGUGAGAGCUUGGAAAGCUUCUUGGAGCCCUUAAUUUUGCUUGGUGUGUCUAAAAACAUGUCAUCCCCUACCCUGUGCUGCUUUGAAAACAGCAGUCAAAUCAUCCUGGUAAGGGAGAGGAAUGAAAGCAGUGGGAGCAUUCCAGAGCCUGGGUGUAUUCAUAAAUGAGGCUCAUACUAGAAGCAAGUAGCACUAAUCAGCUUUUCCAAAAGAAAUGCCUAGAAAGCUUUCAUGUAGAUCAUCAUUUGUUAAUUUUCUUCCUUAGUUGUUUGUUUAAAGUCACACUGAAAUGCUUCAGAGCUAGCCUUGCUCCAGGAAUGAGAAACCUGUGUCUGGUGCCAUGGGUGGGAGUGUUGUCCUGGACUGUCACCAGAAAUAGGUGCAAGUUUGACCCAUUAUCAAAAAAAAAAGCAACCAAAUCGACCAGCUUUGGGACAUGAGCAUGAACAGGGAUAGUUUAGGGUUUUCCUCAGUUGCAUGUCUAAUGAAAAACAUAUUUAAUUAACAUGGGGAAAAAACAAGCAAGAGGUGACUCCUGAAGCCUGAAAGAUCUGUCCACGUGAAGGCUCAGUAGUGUGUGGUUAACCAGUUGCUCACUCUUCAAGAAAGGGCUCAGGUCUCUAUUGUAACCUUUGUGUCUCUGCCUGCACCCCAUUGUGUCUCUAGUUGAUGGAAAAUAAUCUCUGAUGGAAUCAAAGCUACAUCUAAUGCCAUGGUGUAAAGCAGGGAGAAGAGAUAGCAGGAGCUGAAGGUGAAAGAGCUGGUAGUGUUGCAUUUAUGGUUCUCUGGCUAAGGCAGUGUUAGGGUGUGUGAUAGAAGGGAAUGUUUGCAGCUGGUGCCGUGGUGCUCCAUGUGGUGCUACCUUCUGGUGCUCCCCAAGAUGUCUUGAGAGGUUUGGCUACGUAGAGGAUAAGUCACUUCUCCUGAAAGGAACCUUCUUCAUAAGGCAAUGGGGAUGGUUCUGUGAAAAAAUGCUUCCAGCACAGUGGAGUCUUCACCUGGUGCAAUCCCAGGAAGGGUUUCUUCAUUGCUAGCACAGACGUUUGCUGCACACAGGGCAUGCAACACUAGCUGACAUAGUUUCCCCCCCAUCCCCUCUGCACUUUUUCACCCAUUUCUCACAAUUAUUUUAUUUGUUUUUUUACAUAAUAAAUCUCUGCUUUUGUUUGCUCUCUGUAGCAGUGUAACUUCUGAACCAUUACAGGCUCUUUGUUGCCAUCUGUGCUAGCAAGACUGUAGAAUGUGCUAGACUAGGGGGGAAUGUUUGACAAAUAAAAACCUGUAAUCCUC